CCGAACUUUAAACCCGGAAGUUUAAUAGGAGAGUUGCGGCUUUUGAGAGUUUGACAGCGCGCAUGCGCGGUGCAGUCCCCACGCUUUCUUUUAACCCAGAGAGCGCGAGUGAAUCAACAUGUCAACAAAGAAAAAUAAAGGGAAAGCAAAAAAAUCCCAGGAAGAGGGAAACUGCAGUUUCGGCAGAGAUGGGUCUGGACUCUCCGGGACGGAUUUGGACUCUUCAGGAUUUCUCGGGUUGUGUGUGACAGACUUUGUAGAGAAAGCAGAGGAGAAGGCUCCGAAACGAUGCAGAUCAAUUUUGGCUCAAAUGAGUCUGAACACUAUGAAAGCUGUGACCGCCUGUAUUGGACGACCUGUCCUCAUCACCAGCCCUACAGGACACCAGGAGGUGUGUGUAGCGUGGCCUGCAGCCCAGUUUCCUGGGAGGAAAGUAGGUCUGAUGCCUGACACACAGUGCAUUCUGGGAGUGAAACCUGGAGAUGCAAUCACAGUGGAGCCCAUCACUGGAGCUGUUCUUCAUGCAGAAGAGCUUCAGCUUAACCUGAGGAAGGAGGACGAGUCUUUGGACACAGAAGAUUUUAGCAGCUUUCUACUGCAGUCGUUAGAUAGUAGGAUUCUCCUUCCUGGCAGUUCCUUCUUCGUGUCCUAUUUUGGCCGUAAGUGUGAGAUCAAUGUGAAGUCUCUGAAGGGCGUAGACGGAGUCACCCUCUCUUCUCCUUCUCCCCCAAUUUCUGCUACGUCGUGCCCUGUUUCCGAGUCGGACGAUGCACCUCUGGAUCUCUCUCUGCACCUGGGUCAGCUGAGCCUCAACCCAUCCUGCAGUACCCCAAACCGAUCUUCCCCCUGCACCCCUCUCGCUCACACCACUCCAUGCACACUGAACGCCACGCCCUCCAGCCCGAGCGCCCACCUCAUGUCUGACAGCGCUCUUGCUCCUAACCCGGAAACGCCCGAUCAGUCCACACCCGAGGGACCAGAAGCACAGUCCCACAGAGACAGAAAAACCCAAACGCCAUCUGCUGGUCGAAACGGGAGCGACACUUUCUACUCCGUCUGCAGCUCCUCGAGAAUCAGCUUCACGCACGCACAUACUCAGGACAGUAAGGAUGAGGGUCAGGAGAGGUCAAAGGUCACUUACAGUAUGAUUGGAGGGUUGAACACUCAGCUGCAGGUGAUCAAAGAGACGAUCGAGCUGCCGCUGAAACACCCCGAGAUCUUCAAGAAUUACGGAAUCCCACCCCCUAGAGGAGUGCUGCUGUAUGGCCCGCCUGGCACAGGGAAGACUAUGAUUGGACGAGCGAUAGCUAGUGAGGUUGGAGCGCACAUGACUGUCAUCAAUGGCCCUGAAAUAAUGAGCAAGUUUUAUGGAGAAUCCGAAGCGCGACUACGUCAGAUAUUUGCUGAGGCUGCACAAAGGCAGCCGGCGAUCAUCUUUAUCGAUGAGCUGGAUGCGCUUUGCCCGAGGAGAGAGGGGGCGCAGAACGAGGUGGAGAAACGAGUGGUUGCUUCACUGCUCACACUCAUGGAUGGCAUUGGAUCUGAAAGUCACAGUGGCUCUCUGCUGGUUCUGGGAGCCACUAACAGGCCUGACGCGUUGGACCCGGCUCUGCGGCGCCCGGGUCGCUUUGAUCAGGAGCUGGAGGUGGGUGUGCCGUCAGCACAGGGGCGUAUGGAUAUCUUACACAAGCAGCUGCACUCUAUCCCCACCGACAUCACCACUGAGGAGCUGCAGGAACUAGCUGAUGCGGUGCACGGAUACGUAGGAGCUGACCUCGCCGCUAUGUGCAAGGAGGCCGGGCUCCAUGCAUUGAGAAGAGUGCUCUCCUCCACUCCAGGCAUCUCUGACAAUGACCUGAUGGACAGAGUGAAGGUCACGACCUCUGACCUUCAGCUGGCCAUGACUCAAGUUAAACCCAGCGCCAUGAGAGAAGUGGCCAUCGAUGUGCCAAAGGUGUGUUGGAGUGAUGUAGGAGGGAUGGAGGAUGUGAAGCUAAAGCUGAAGCAGGCUGUCGAGUGGCCGUUGAAGCAUGCCGAGGCAUUCUCUCGGCUCGCCAUAACGCCCCCCAAAGGUGUGCUGCUGUACGGACCACCUGGCUGCUCCAAGACCAUGAUCGCAAAAGCGCUUGCUAACGAGAGCAAAUUCAACUUCAUUGCCAUCAAGGGUCCUGAGUUACUAAGUAAAUACGUCGGCGAGUCUGAGAGAGCCGUGAGGGAGGUUUUCCGGAAAGCGCGGGCCGUGGCUCCCUCCAUUGUUUUCUUUGACGAGAUCGACGCUCUGGCUGUAGAAAGGAGCAGCUCGUCCCGCUCGAGCGGAGUGGCCGAUCGGGUGUUGGCGCAGUUGCUAACAGAGAUGGACGGAAUCGAACAACUUAAAGACGUCACGGUUCUCGCCGCCACCAACAGACCAGACAUGAUCGACAAGGCUCUUAUGCGUCCCGGCCGUUUAGAUCGGAUCGUGUACGUUCCUCUCCCCGAUGCAGCAACUAGGAGAGAGAUCUUCAGUCUGCAGUUUCGCAAAAUGCCUGUGCAUCCCAGCGUACACCUGGAGGACCUUGUGACCCGCACGGAACGCUACUCAGGAGCAGAGAUUACCGCAGUGUGUCGUGAAGCCGCACUUUUUGCCCUGCAGGAGGACAUUAAAGCUGAACACAUUACUGUCAGCCAUUUUGAAUCCGCCCUGACAGUCAUAAAGCCUCGGGUGCCAGACUCGCUUCUUCGGUUAUACACUGACUACCAGCGGCAGCAUGGCUCUGGAUCCUUCCACUGACACUGCUGUGUGUGAGUGUGUGCGUGUGUGCGUGCAAAUGGACUGAGAUCUGAAUACAGAAGAGUCCAAACCAAAUAACUCGAAUGUUUAUUGUACCUGGGUGAUGAUACGAUAACAAUAUUGUGAUACGUUUACACUAUGCCGACUCACAGUGUGUAAACACCAAAAGGAUAAAGAAUUGCAACAUAAAAGUGGUCACAUCACUCCACUCCUGCAUUUCUGUUCUGUUAAUUGCUUGCCUGCAUAAUCAGUACGUGAAAUAAACGCGUAGGAUCUGUG